AAAAAGCCGAAAUUAGACGAUAGAAUAUAAAGACUUAAACUGUAUUUUUACUUUUACUUUUCAAGAAGCUAGGAAAUAGCCAAAUCCAAGCAUUGACUCUUUAUCCAAUGUCUUACCCUUUGUCUAUAACUGUCCCUCAUCUUUCACUCUCUACACCAAAUCUCUCUCUUUUCUUAUAAAGAAAGAGCAAAAAAGCUUAACUCAUUUUACUAUUUCCAUGAUUCUGAAUUCCACACGAACAUAGAAAAAGAAAGUUUAAAGUAAUAUUGUCUCCAUGGCUACUGAGAAUAAGAAGAAACACUUACAUGAGCUUCUUGAAGAUGACCAAGAACCUUUUCAUCUCAACCAUUACAUCUCCAACCUUAGGUCUCAAAUGGGCUUCUCUGAUUUGCGUGUCAAGAAACCUAAGUCCGAAAACGCGGCCGUUCUACCUCGUUUCUUCUCAUGGGAGAGUUCUUGUUUCCUCGCCACACAUACUAAUAAGUCUCCUCUCUUUGACCUACGGUCUCCAGCGAAGAAGAAGGUUCGCGACGGUCUUCAGAUUCCGGCAAGAACUGCCGCAGUUCUACUGGAAGCAGCGGCGAGGAUUCAGAAGCAGCAGAGGGAGAAGGCUAAUAAGAGCAAGAACAUAUUUCGGAACAGAGGAAACGCGUUUGGUAUAUUUGGCUCUGUUUUAAAGCGGUUGGCUAACCGUAAAGCGAAACCGCGUUUGGACAACGCUGAUGGAAACGCGGUUUUGUCGGAACCGACAUGUAGUAGUAGUAGCAGCAGGAGGCAAGAGCGUUUUGUUGAGAUUGGCGACAAGUGUUUUUGCGAGAGCCCUUUUCAUUUCGUCCUUCAUACAACUCCUUCUACUUCCGGUCACCGGACUCCACACUUCACGUCGACGGCUACUUCUCCGACGCGUCGAAGUACUGAGGACGAAGAUAGCGAUGAGACAGAGAGCUUGGAGAAAGUGAGAGGACAAGAAGAGGAAGAGGAACAAUGUAGUCCUGUUUCUGUACUUGACCCUCUUGAGGAAGAGGAGGACCACCACCAACGAGAGCCUGGCCAUCUCAAUCUCCUCUCGUCCAGCUUUGAAGUUGUACAACGGGCCAAAAGGCGGCUACUCAAGAAGCUUCGCAGAUUCGAGAAGUUAGCAGGAAUGGAUCCAGUAGACCUUGAGGGGAAGAUGUCAGAAGAACAAGAAGAUUGUGAGGAGGAGAGCGAGGAAGACGAUAACACAAGGGUUUAUGAUUGGGAUGAAGAAUAUGAGAACGUGGGUGAAGAAGCUAUGGCUAGAGAGAGCGGAUGCAUGCAAGAGGAGAGGCAUAAGAAGUGGAUGAUGAUGAAUGCAUGGAGGAUAGGGAUGGGUGCGGAUGAAUACGUGGACGCGGUGGUGCAAAAGGAUAUGAGAAGGGAGACCGGAGAAUGGACAAGACACGGUGGAGAAGUGGAGGAGGCAGUCGCUGAUCUAGAGCUCUCUAUCUUCUUGUUCUUGAUUGAUGAAUUUUCCAUCGAACUUGUCUCUUCUCAUUCAGGAACAAAUAAUGUAAUUUAUUAGAGGCAGGAACAUUAGUAUAUUUCUAGACAUCUUUGACUUGAUAAACCGAAUUAACCUCCA